AUAAAAGUUUCUCAAUUACGUUCAACAGCGAGCGCCUCUCUCUCUCUCUCUCUCUCUCUCUCUCUCUCUCUCUUUUUUUUUAUCCUUGGAAACUGGAAUAGCUCCGGCCAUCGUAAAAGAUUUCCUCUUCUUCAAGAUAUCAGAAGCUAUAUUUUGAGCCAUGAGCACAGUAGCCAGGCCUUCUUCUUCAGCGACAACCUCUGUCGUCUUAGAAACCCCUGUUUCCCAGUCACAGCCGACAGAAAGAUUAGUGCUCCGGUUGAACAGGAAGAAGAAGAAAGUCUCGUGGAAAGACGGGACAGUUGAUAACGAGUUCAUGCAGAAGAAGAGUUCAAAGAAGUGUUGCAUCUUUCACAAACAGAAGCCCUUUGAUGAGGAUGACAGCGAAGAAGAUGAAGAUAACAACCACCACCAUGAUCAUCAUCAUAACCACGAACACUGCGAAUCUGGUGAGGCCUCAUCGUCUAACGAUUCUAAAGCAGUUGAGUAGUCAAUUGUCAUCAUCACAAUCUAGAGAUAUCUGAAUCCUUGUAAUAAGAUCAUGGGAGACGACUAAUUCUUCUGAGGUUUUUGGUUUUGAUGAUCUUUUCUUCUUCUACCUGACACAGUAACACCUGUUGGGCUUUAUUACUAUAUAUAUGUACAUGUAAUUUGCUAUUGCACUGUAAUGACGUAUGAUUCAUUGCAAUGCUGAUUUAUAACUACUUAAAAGCUGUAUUGACAAUUAUGUGAGAGCAUCUUUUCAGAUAUGA